UUUUUUACUGAAAAUAAAAAUUUAUUUUAAGUUGGAAGGGUGGAAUUAUUCAAUUUUUAGAGAAAAAAACUAGGAUUCAAACUUAUCUGGAUUAUUUGUGCGCUACAUACCAAUGAAUUGCCACUUAGGCAUUUAAUGUUAGCUUUAGAUGGAAAAUUUUUAUCUGAAAAUAGAUUCUCAGGAAACAUUGGAAAACUUAUUAACAUAGCAACAAAUCUUCCUAUUUUGACAUGCAUCCCUCAGCUUGAUUUUGUUGUAGAUCUAAUUCAUCUCGAGAAAGAAGUUGUAGAUUCACUGUCUACAGAUCAGAAGUAUUUAUACAGAAUACAUAAUGCAGUAGCAUCAGGUGUUUUUCCUGAUGACUUGAAGGAGAUUCAAAUUGGUCCACACAAUCAUUCAAGGUGGUUAAAUCUCGCAAAUAGACUACUUCGAAUCUGGUGCUCAGAGCAUUGUUUAAAAAACAAAGAUCUACAAAACUUGAAAUUGUUAACAGAGUUAAUCAUGGGUGUUUAUUCGAUUAUGUGGUUUGAUCUUAAGACUAAACAUAGCUGGAUUCAAGGUCCACAUCAUAUCCUUAAGCAACUAGCCUUGGUAAAAAAACAGAACAAGUUUGUGAAGGAUAUUGUAUUACCGCAUGUCUGCUCCUCUGCCUGGAAUGCACACAGUGAAUGUAUUCUUCAGACAAUGUUCUGUAGUUCAGAUGAAGGAGAAAGGAGAUUUGCAGUGCAAAAAAUAAUUGAUUUUAGAAAAAAUAAGGAUGUUAGAGACAGAAAAUGCAGGAUUAGAAGAAUACCAGUGAUAAAAACUGAAUCAAAUAAUCUAAUAGAUUUAAUCAAUUGGGAAACAGAGGAGAUCAGUGAACCGGUUCUUACUUGUUUGAUUAGAGAUGAUAUUAUACAGUUUAUUAAUAAUCCAAUGGUUGUACCAAACUUCCCAAUUCACGGUCAAUCUAUUGAACGCAUUGUGAAAGAGGUAACCAGGGCUUCAAUGUCGGUGCUUGGUGCCGAGAGAAGAUAUGGGUCCAUAAGGGCUACAAUGGCUCAUAGAGCCUGUGUGCCAAUCAAAAUAAGAUCUGAUGAAAAUUUUGUAAUCAGUAUUUUAACUUUUUAUUAUGAGUAAACAAUUUAUUUUAGAAAAAUAUGCGGAAAAUGCUGUUAUCAAUAUUUUAAUGUCUUAUUACGUGUAUAGACUUAAUAUACCAUAAAA